UGCCAGCCCAAUGAAUUUAUCAUGCCAGACAACGCAGUCCCAGGGGAUGUGCUCGUGUUGACGAAGCCUCUAGGGACACAAGUGGCCGUUGCAGUGCACCAGUGGCUGGAUAUUCCUGAAAAAUGGAAUAAAAUUAAACUAGUGGUCACCCAAGAAGAUGUAGAGUUGGCAUACCAAGAAGCAAUGAUGAAUAUGGCAAGGCUCAACAGAACAGCUGCAGGACUCAUGCACACGUUCAAUGCUCAUGCAGCCACCGACAUCACAGGCUUCGGAAUCUUGGGCCAUGCACAGAAUCUGGCCAAGCAACAGAGGAAUGAAGUGUCAUUUGUGAUUCACAACCUUCCUGUGCUCGCCAAGAUGGCUGCUGUGAGCAAGGCUUGUGGAAAUAUGUUUGGCCUUAUGCACGGGACCUGCCCGGAGACGUCAGGAGGCCUUCUAAUCUGUUUACCGCGUGAGCAAGCAGCUCGGUUCUGUGCAGAGAUAAAGUCCCCCAAAUAUGGUGAAGGUCACCAAGCAUGGAUUAUUGGGAUUGUAGAGAAGGGCAAUCGUACUGCCAGAAUCAUAGACAAGCCUCGGAUCAUCGAAGUCGCACCACAAGUGGCCACUCAAAAUGUGAAUCCCACACCUGGUGCCACCUCGUAAUCUAGACAGAAAGAGCUGUUUGGUUUUGUUUUUAAAUAGAUCUAUUUCCUUUAUCAUCACUUUGAUUAAAGACUAUAAACAACAACAAAAUCUCAUUGUGUCUACACAUUUGGUGACCUUAGGUCAAAUUGUGAGUGGAUACAAUUAAUAAAAUAAAAUCCAUUGCCUUUUCUUCCUGUUACAUUAACUGAAGAUGCACCUAAUCUUGAGGCAGCUUCUGAGUUGAGAAUUAUAUUGUUAUCCAAUACUGUUGAUUCAUUUUGAAUCUUUAGACACUUAAUCUCUUGCCGCAUAGGCUCUUUUUAAAGGUGCUUUCACAUAGCACAGACAUUACCGAUAGUAGUGUCAAAUAGCAAUUUGUGUCUUUUCAUUUUAUGUGUAUUUAUCAUAUAAGUCUGAUCUUUUUUUUUUCCUAAGUGUCUUGAAUAGUAUUCUGAAAGACAGAAUUGGUAAGUGACAAGAUGGUGUCUCUGUAGUAAAAGGGUUGCAUGAUUCUUUCAGGUUCGAUUUGUAAAGCCUCGUCUUAUCCUCUAAGAGCAUCUCUGACCCAGGACACUUUUCCCAAUAGUGCAUUCAGUUCAACAAGGCCAGUGCUUCUCUCUGCAUGGAAAGCACUUUGAAGACAAAAAAAAAGAAAUUAUAUUUCUUUUUUUUUUUUUGUAGCCUUCCUGAUAUUUACAGUAAUAUCAUUGAUUGUUUUCUGUAUUGAUAGCAAAAAAGAAUACUUUUUGCAAUGUAAUUAGAUGUUCUAUAGUGCAACAACGAGGAAUUGCCUUCCGAGAGGGGGCUCAUGUAUAAUACUCAUUUACAAUUCAAUAUAUAAUUAACUACACAAAUAAUUUUUAAACAUAAUCAACAAUAAAGACUGUUCUGUGGAUGGUAGUGUUUAAUACAUUUUAUAUUUUGUAUAGUAAUUUCAGGCCUUUUUUCCCCCUUAAAGUCAGCAGCGACUUAGCCUGAUUCUUAGCGUUAUUUUGUCCCUUACGCCAGUACUUUUUUGUGCACGCUUUUUGUGAUCUGUGUUAAAAAUCUGCAUUGCCAACAUUGCAGCUCAAACCUGUUAUUCAAAUAAAUAUUUAAUAUUUUUAAUUGCUCUUGUAUAAUCAGAUGCCCCUUUUAGUAUUAUUUUAGAGGCAUUGGGAGGAUUUUGCCUAAAAGUACAAUUUAUUGGGGAAAACUAGAUUUUAGUUUUAUAAAACUUUUAAGUCUUUCAUGGGACCUAUAUUUUCUUGAAUUAAAUUUUGUAGUUCUAGAACAAAUAGGCAGUCUACAAUGGUGUUAUCCGUGUUACUUAAAAACAGAGGCUUCCUUAUAUUUUAGCUUACUAAGUAAUUAGGGCAGAUCCUGUCAUUAAGCACAAGGGCACCGAACCCUCAGGUGUCUUGUUUUCAUAGGAGAAAAAGCACCACAUCUCUGCCAGUUUCUGAAUGCUUCCUGCUUACAGGCACCAAAGCUGCAUGUGUAAACCUAUCAACUUCUCGCCAAAGGAAACCACCACAGGGAAGAUGAAGCUCCCUGGAAGAGGCUUUGAACUUGGCCACACCCUGUUUGGAGAGUCACGGGGCAGCCUUUAUGCACGUGUAACUGGAACUCAAGUGUAAGCAUGGUGUGCAGUACAGAAGAGGCUGCUACAGAACUGAAAUUAAUUGGACAUUUUAUAGGAAUUUAUCAGAUAUUGGUCCUCAAGCUACAAACCAGUGGUCUGCAAAAUAAAAUGUGUUGGAAACCUC